AUGUUACUAGGAUCCUACACAGUACAAACAUGGGAAACAUGCAGUCACAUUGUAGGCAUCUGCUGGGGAGAUUCUCCUCUUUCAUUGCUUCCUAUAUAUAAGCAACUCAUUGCUGCUGGUGUUAAGAUUUGGGUUAACAGCGGAGACACAGAUUCCAUGUUGCUUGUGACUGCAAGUCUGCAACGAGAUACUUCAUUGAUGCACUGA